AUGGUGAACGAAACCUCUAAUGCGCCGGCGGCGGCUUUUCACUCGAUGAAAGAUUUCCUCAAGCAGACGGGCGGUUUUGCGGUUAUAGACGGCGGGCUUGCGACGGAGUUCGAGCGACAUGGAGCGGAUCUCAACGAUCCUCUCUGGAGCGCCAAAUGCCUCGUCACUUCUCCUCACCUCAUCCACACCGUGCAUCUUGAUUACCUUGAAGCUGGUGCUGAUAUCAUCGCCAGCGCUUCUUAUCAGGCCACGAUUCAGGGUUUUGAAGCAAAGGGCUUUUCUAGAGAAAAGGGAGAAUCUAUGCUUAGAAAGAGCGUAGAAAUAGCUUGUGAAGCUCGCAACACGUAUCUUGCAAAAUGCAAAGAAACCAUGGAUGAUGAUGAUGAUAAGAUUCUUAAAAAGCGGCCCAUCUUAGUUGCAGCUUCAGUGGGUAGCUACGGUGCAUACUUGGCUGAUGGCUCAGAGUACAGUGGAAUCUAUGGUGAUUCGAUAACGCUGGAAACCCUCAAGGAUUUCCACCGCAGAAGAGUCCAAGUUCUGGCGGAGUCUGGUGCAGAUAUAAUAGCAUUUGAGACCAUUCCAAACAAGCUAGAGGCUCAGGCAUUUGCUGAGCUGCUAGAUGAGGGAGAUGUGAAGAUUCCAGGGUGGUUCUCCUUUAACUCAAAGGAUGGCGUGAACGUGGUAAGCGGGGAUUCGAUCAAGGAGUGUAUCGCCAUAGCUGAAACUUGUGACAAAGUAGUGGCGGUUGGAAUCAACUGUACCCCUCCAAGAUUCAUAGAGGGCCUUGUUUUGGAGAUCAAAAAGGUGACGAGCAAGCCCAUACUAGUGUACCCAAACAGCGGAGAAAGCUAUGAUGCAGAUCGGAAGGAGUGGGUUGAAAACACAGGAGUUGGGGAUGAAGACUUUGUAUCAUACGUAGACAAAUGGAUGGAUGCAGGAGUGUCUCUCCUUGGAGGUUGCUGCCGCACUACACCUACCACCAUCAGAGCCAUCCACAAGAGACUUGUCCACCGCAGAUCUUCUUCUCCGCGUCAUUAG